AUGUUGGCUCUAUUAGAAAGCAAGCGUUUCAAGAACAAGCUCGUCACCGAUAGCAAUGCAUCCAUGCAAGACCCGUCAAGUAGCCAAGUGCUGCCAAAGAAUACCUUGCUUGGUUACAGCGACAGCACUCCGUACGCGUCGUGGGGUCCCGAGGAUACACUACCUGCUACCUUUGCCGAGGUCGAGGCCCAGUUUCACGCCAUUGCCAAAAAGUUUGGCUUUCAAACCGACAGCGUGCGCAACAUGCUAGAUCACCUCAUGAUUAUGCUUGACUCGCGCGCAUCGCGCAUGAAGCCUCAGCAAGCGCUCGACACCUUGCAUGCUGACUAUAUUGGUGGUGAAGGUGCCAACUACCGUCGCUGGUAUUUUGCUGCCCAAAUGGAUCUCAUGGACGACGACGCCAAGAACGAAAAUCAACAGCACGACGAUGAAGAAGAAGACGAUACCAAACGUCUGGAGAAUGCCGAAGAACGAUGGAAGAUACGCAUGCGCUCUCUGACCAACGAAGAAAAAAUACGCGAUCUGGCUUUGUACUUGCUGAUUUGGGGUGAAAGCGCAGUCGUGCGUUAUACACCCGAAACACUCUGCUUUUUGUACAAACUAGCCAGCGACUAUUAUGCCGCCGCCACUGCUUCUUCAGAGAAUGAUGACAAUAACAACAACAACAACUCCGCUAUUCCUGACGUAGAAGAAGGCGACUUUUUGGACAACGUUAUCACGCCGCUGUACAACUUUUUCCGCGACGAAAUUUACGAAAACAUCAAUGGUCGACUCGUCAAGCGCGAAAAAGAUCACGACAAGAUUAUCGGAUAUGACGAUGUCAAUCAGUUCUUUUGGUACCCGACAUGCUUGACACGAACCCUACUUGCCGACAAAAAGACAACGCUACACAGCUUGCCACCGCACGAACGCUACCCAGCGCUCAAGCAAGUCGACUGGAAGCAGACGUUGCGUAAAACAUACAAAGAGAAGCGCACCUGGAUGCAUGCCUCAAUCAACUUUUCGCGUGUGUGGAUCAUUCACAUUGUCUCUUUCUGGUACUAUGUGAGUGCCAACGCCCCUGCACUAUACCUCAACGAAGACAAGGAGAUAGCCGAACAGGAAGCCUCGGUGCAAUGGUCGAUCGUUGCGCUCGGUGGUGCAAUUGCCGUGUUUCUCAUGCUUGUCGGGUCGUUUUCAGAAUAUUCGUACUUGCCGUUCACCUGGUCGACGACAAAAAUUAUUACGCGGAGGAUAGCUCUGCUGUUUGUGCUAUUCAUCAUCAAUGCUGGCCCGACCGUAUACUGCGUGUUUAUCGAUCGACGCAGUGGCAUAUCCAAACUAGUAGCGAUCAUUCAGCUCUUGAUCAGCGUAGCCACCACACUGUUUCUAGCAAUCACACCCACGGCCCGCCUGUUUGUACGUCGCAGGGAUAAUUCCCGAACGAUGCUGGCGACCAGUCGUUUCACUGCAAACUUCCCGCCGCUCAAGCGCAUUGACCGAAUCAUGUCAAUCGCCCUGUGGAUCUGCGUGUUUACCUGCAAGCUGCUCGAAUCUUAUUUCUUCUUGGCGCUCUCGUUCAAGGAUCCGCUCAAGGUCAUGAGCCGCAUGCAUAUUGAAAAUUGCAGCGACAAAAUCAUCGGGGUCCGGCUGUGCCAUGCAAUGCCUGAUCUGACGCUCGCGCUCAUGUUUUUCAUGGAUCUGCUGCUCUACUUUUUGGAUACGUAUCUGUGGUACAUUAUCUGGAACACUAUCUUUUCGGUUGCCCGCUCGUUCUAUCUUGGCAUCUCGAUCUGGUCGCCCUGGCGGAACAUUUUCUCUCGGAUGCCCAAGCGCAUCUUUGUCAAGCUGCUGGCUACAUCCGAUAUACAGAUCAAGUACAAGCCCAAGGUGCUCUGCUCACAGAUAUGGAACGCUAUCGUGAUAACCAUGUACCGCGAGCAUCUUAUCACUGUGGAUCACGUACAGCGCAUGCUUUAUCAGCAGGAAACGAAUCCCGAGGAUGGUCGCAGGACGCUCAAGCCCCCAACAUUUUUUGUAUCGCAAGAAGAUACUGCAUUCAAGACCGAGUACUAUCCACAACACAGCGAAGCCGAACGACGCAUCCAUUUCUUUGCGCAGAGCUUAACUACGCCCAUGCCUCAGCCACGUCCUGUCGAAUGCAUGCCUUCUUUCACUGUGCUUACGCCGCACUAUGGUGAAAAGAUCUUGUUGUCUCUGCGUGAAAUUAUUCGCGAGGAAGAUCAGAACACACGUGUCACCUUGCUCGAGUAUUUAAAGCAGCUGCAUCCAGUCGAAUGGGAAAACUUUGUCAAGGACACCAAGAUCAUGGUCGACGAGUCCAACUGCAGCGAGAACGAUCGCAGUACAUCCAUGCUGUCGGACAUGACCGAAAAAGACACCGAAAAGAGCAAGGUGGAUGACCUGCCGUUUUACUGUAUCGGGUUCAAAUCUGCCAAACCAGAGUAUACCUUGCGUACACGGAUAUGGGCCUCGCUGCGUGCUCAGACCUUGUAUCGCACCGUCUCUGGCUUCAUGAACUAUCGAAAGGCCAUUAAGCUUCUUUAUCGCGUCGAGAACCCAGACACGGUUCACACGUACCAGGACAGUGGAGAUAAAUUGGAGCGUGAUCUGGAUCAGCUGUCACACCGCAAGUUCCGUUUCCUUGUAGCCAUGCAACGCUAUGCCAAGUUUAAUACCCAGGAAUCCGAGGAUGCCGAGUUUCUGUUCAAGGCGUACCCGAACCUUCAGGUAGCCUAUGUCGAGGAAGAAGUCAAUGACGAAGGUAAAACGACGUAUUACUCGGCGCUCAUUGACGGCAAUUGCGAGAUGGCGGACAGUGGCAAGCGCAAGCCCAAGUAUCGCAUCCGUUUGCCUGGCUCGCCUAUCCUGGGUGACGGCAAGUCUGACAACCAAAACCAUGCCUUGGUCUUUUACCGCGGUGAGUUCUUGCAGCUUAUUGAUGCCAACCAGGACAACUACUUGGAGGAGUGUCUCAAGAUCCGUAACAUCCUUGGCGAAUUUGAGAACCUGGGCCCCUCCGAGGUGUCUCCUUACUCCCCGUCAUGGAAGGAAAAGCCAGGUGCGCCAGUAGCCAUUGUCGGUGCGCGCGAGUACAUUUUCUCCGAGAACAUUGGUGUCCUCGGAGACGUAGCGGCUGGCAAGGAGCAAACGUUUGGUACCUUGACCCAGCGCAUCAUGGCCAAGAUUGGCGGCAAGCUUCAUUAUGGGCAUCCAGAUUUUCUGAACGCUAUCUUUAUGACGACACGCGGUGGUGUCAGCAAGGCACAAAAGGGAUUGCAUCUUAAUGAGGAUAUCUACGCUGGCAUGAACGCAUUCACACGCGGUGGCCGCAUCAAGCACACGGAAUACUUUCAAUGUGGCAAGGGUCGUGAUCUCGGCUUUGGAUCUAUUCUCAACUUUACGACCAAGAUUGGCACUGGCAUGGGUGAGCAGAUGCUGUCACGCGAGUACUACUACAUUGGCACGCAGCUCCCGCUGGAUCGGUUCCUGACUUUCUACUAUGCACACCCGGGUUUCCAUAUCAACAAUAUUUUUAUUAUGCUGUCUGUGCAAAUGUUUAUGCUUGUCCUGCUGUUUAUUGGAGCCAUGGGUGCCAGCUUGUCGAUCUGUGAGUACAAUGCCGAUGCCCCACCUGAUGCGCCUUUGACACCCGAAGGAUGCUACAACCUGGUACCCAUCUUCGAGUGGGUGAAGCGCUGUAUCCUGUCCAUCUUUGUCGUCUUCUUUGUGUCCUUUUUGCCGCUGUUCUUGCAAGAAUUGACCGAACGUGGGUUCUGGCGAAGUAUCACUCGGCUGGGCCGUCAUUUCAUGUCACUGUCGCCGUUCUUUGAGAUUUUUGUGACACAGAUCUACAUGAACUCUGUCAUCGAGAACCUUAUCUACGGUGGCGCACAAUACAUUGCUACUGGCCGAGGCUUUGCAACAUCGCGUGUACCAUUUUCAUUGCUGUUCUCAAGAUUUAGCAGCUCAAGUAUCUAUGCUGGUUCCCGGUGUUUCCUCAUCAUGAUGUUUGCUUCGUUGUCCAUGUGGAUUCCGCACCUUGUGUAUUUCUGGUUCACCGUCGUGGCAUUGAUCAUAUCCCCUUUCAUCUUCAAUCCAAACCAGUUCGCGCUUGUCGAAUUUCUGGUAGAUUAUCGCGAGUUUAUGCGCUGGAUGUCCCGAGGCAACUCAAAGACGCACAGAAACUCAUGGAUAAAGCACUGUCGCGAAUCACGAUCGCGCAUUACCGGAUACAAGCGCCGGCAAAAGAAAACCAAGGAUGGCAAGGCUGACAAUACUUUGGUGGGCGAUAUUCCACGAGCUCGGUUAGGCACCAUAUUCUUUUCGGAGGUCGUGCUACCACUCCUUUAUGCUAUCCUGUGUCUGAUCCCGUAUGUAUUCGUCAAGAGUUUCGACCCGGAGGACAGCUCCCAGCCCAACAAGGGACAGAGCGGUCUAUUGCGAAUCGGUAUUAUCUCCUUGGCUCCAAUAUUGCUGAACGCGGGUGCACUGGCCAUCUUCUUUUUUGUGUCGCUAUUCUUGGGAUCGGUGCUCAGUCUGUGCUGCCACAAGUUUGGAUCAGUCAUUGCCGCUACUGCACAUGCAUGGGCUGUGUUCAACUUGAUUUUGCUGUUUGAGGCACUGAUGCUACUGGAAGAGUGGAAGGUUACGAACAUUAUCCUGGGUGCUGUGGCCAUGAUAGCUCUGCAACGCUUUGUGCUGCGCGUGCUGACGGUGCUCUUCCUCACCAGAGAAUUCAAGCACGAUGAAUCCAAUCGAGGCUGGUGGACCGGCAAGUGGUACGGUCGUGGUUUGGGCUGGCAUGCCAUCUCACAGCCACUGCGUGAGUAUCUAUGCAAGAUCGUUGAAAUGAGCGAAUUCGCAGCAGACUUUGUUCUGGGCCACUUGAUCCUGUUCACGCUGUCUAUCUUUUGCCUGAUCCCCUAUGUCAACACAGCGCACUCAUUGAUGCUGUUUUGGUUACGACCUAGCAAGCAAAUCCGACCGCCUAUCUGGACCUCACGACAGCGUAGAAAACGCAGACGGAUUGCUAUCACCUAUGGCAUAUUAUUUACGGGCAUGUUUAUAUUAUUCGUAGCAUUGAUCGCCGGUCCACUGGUUGUCGGCAAGAGCCUAAAGUUCAUCAACCCUCGCAAGCUUCCAAUAUAA